AUCAGUUAGAGAACAUAGUUUGGGAAUUAUCGGCAGUACUCACCCACUGGGCUUCGAACGAAUGACCUUCCGGUUACAAGGCAAGCUAGCUCGUAUACCAUUCAGCCACUGGGACUCGAGUCAAAGGGGGCAGCACAUGAAUUCUAACUUUUAUCAAUUCUUGAUUUUUAGCAUGACCACCAAAAAAUGUCAUUGGCUGGGACUCCAUCUCUACUUCCGACUGGAUGGACCUCACUGGUCAUAUAUAUUUGAAGUCCUCUCUGGUUUGAGUAGUCGUCUACGUACAAUUAUAUCGUGUGACACCAUACCCUGCUCUCACUUACUGAGUGAAACAUAGAGCUAUAAGCUUUCAGGUUUCAGUAACGGAGUCACUAUUUUUACGAAGUGGGAUUGCUAGUUGCUAGUUUCACGCUCAACGUUACCUCUUUUCUUUCCGGGCUUUCUGCCGAUUAGGCAAGGUUUUAGAAGUUCAUCAAUUCGGAAUGGAAACCGUGAGUGACUGAAAUGCAUUCUAAUAUUGGGCCACUGACGACGGACGGUAUGUUAGCAACAGCGUGUGACUGGAUUGGAGAGAAAGGGGGAAGGAUGACUAAUUCAAGACGUGAUACCAUUCCAUGAAUGAAGACAUCGUUGGUUGAUUUGAGGCAUACAGGGAAGGUUAGUCUGGUUAAUAAUAUGUAUACGACCAGGGGAGCCUAUAUAUGAAGGAAUAGUGUUGCUCCCGUCUUCAUGAAUAUCCAAGUGCCUAUGACACUGUGGCAUCAUUUAGUCUUAUUAAUGAUGACCAAGAUGGUUUUGAUGAACCGAUAGAUAAUUCAUGCCUAGUUUUACGGAUACCUAAAAUGUUCACUCACUUCCAUUUGGAUAUAACAAGGAAAGUGGGUUCUGAGGAUCAAGACUCAGGUCUUGAAGUAGACGAAAAUCAGUUACUAUCAGAUUAUCAUGACUUCUAUCAUGAUGUACGCUCAGAAAUGGAAUCAAGAUGGGGCAAAAUUUCAGUAAUUCGAACAUGUCGUAAUUUAGCUGAUCAUUUGUGUGGAACAGUGUACAUUGAAUUUGCAAGAGGUCCAAGCGCGACAUGGGAUGCUGCUGAAGCUUGUAAUGGUCGUUGGUUUGCUGGACGCCAGUUAACAUGUUCUGUAGUACGAUUGGGUGGGGGUUGGAGAGAGGCUAUCUGUGGUCUCUAUCAUCGUGGUAAAUGUCCUAAAGGUGAUCUCCACUGUAACUUUUUGCAUGUAUUUCUUAAUCCAGGGGAGACGGUUAACGAUAUACAAAAGGCAUUAUGGCGUCAUUUAGGUAGACUGCCUAGUCCAGUGGAUAAUACUCACUGUGAUCGUGUCGCAUACUCUCCUGUGACAACAAAGUCACACCGGAAACGUUCAUCGCCUACAGAUCAUCAUAGACGGCAUAAAAGGCAUAGACGUUCUUCUCGCACUCCGUCAUCAUCAUCAUCAUCUCCAACAAGCAGAGGAAAAAGAAGAAAAAGACGAGAUUGUUCAUCACGAUCUAAAAAUGAUAAUAGAAAAUCAUGUCCAUCAUCAAAUCACCACAGACACAAGAGAGAUAGACACAAUGAUAACGUUAAUCAUUCAAGAUCUCCUUCACAUCACCACCAGCACCAGUUACCUUCACCAACAAUGCACAGAAAACCUAUAACGACUAUGCUGAAUGAAACACGAUCUGCUAUGAUUACUCCAGCUGCGCGUAUUUUGAAACAGAAACCCAGUAUUUGGGUUGAAAUUAAUCAUGCAGUUGCCAAAUACAAACCAGUCAACUUGGGUCAGGGAUUUCCAGACAUUCUACCGAAACAACAUGUUCUCGAAAGUUUAAGCAUUCUAGGAAAGCCUGAUGUUAAUCCACUUUUGCAUCAGUAUACCAGAUCUAUGGGUCAUCCACGUCUAGUGAAUAUACUCUCCAAGUUAUACACAAAUUUCUUUAAAUGUGAUCAUGAAAUUUAUGCUAAAUCAUCUGGUAAUCUUCAAGUUGAUUCUUUUGCACCAAAUAAAGAAAUUGAUCCAUUAAAAGAGGUUAUUAUUACGCUUGGAGCUUAUGGAUCUCUUUAUGCAGCUAUUUCAGCCUUAGUUGAUCCCGGUGAUGAGGUGAUCAUUAUUGAACCGAGUUUUGAUUGUUACACUCCAAUGACGGUAAUGGCUGGUGGUGUGCCUGUCUAUGUACCGCUUAGACCGGAAGUCAACGCUGGCGAAGAAUUGACUAGUGACUGUUGGAGGUUGAAUAUGAAGGAGUUAGAAUCAAAGAUUACAUCAAAAACCAAGCUGUUACUGUUGAAUACUCCUCAUAAUCCUUUAGGAAAGGUAUUCAACAGGGAAGAAUUGAAAUCUAUUGCUGAUAUAUGCAUUCGUCAUAAUCUUGUAUGCAUUUCAGAUGAAGUCUAUGAAUGGUUGGUAUUUCCUCCUAACAAACACAUUAAAAUUGCCUCUUUACCUGGUAUGUGGUCGCGUACUUUAACUAUCGGCAGUGCUGGUAAAACAUUCAGUGUAACUGGUUGGAAAUUAGGCUGGACAGUUGGACCGGCUAAUUUAAUUCAAGCAAUGCAGUUACAUCAACAGAAUACAGUGUAUACAUGUCCAACACCUUUACAAGAGGCUGUUGCGCGUAGUUUAGAGAUUGAAUUACCCCUACUGCAUAAACCUGAAUCAUAUUUCAGUGAAAUGUGUUCCUUAAUUGAACCAAAAGGUCGUAAUAUGGUAAAAAAGUUGAAUGAAAUUGGAAUGAUUGCCGUUAGACCAACUGGUGGUUAUUUUCUCGUAGCAGAUAUCUCUAAAAUGAACGUUCCCUCAAAUGAAUUAGAGAAAAAUGAAUUAUUACCAUAUGAUGUUAAAUUCAACAAUUGGAUGAUGCAAAAGAAAGGUGUUUCUGCAAUUCCGAUGAGUGUAUUCUACUCUGAAUCCAAUCAACAUCUCGGUUCGAAAUACUUGCGAUUUUGUUUCUUCAAGGAGGAUUCUACGCUGAAUUCAGCUUAUGAAAUUCUAAAGAAAUGGUGAUCUCUAUGGUGUUAUGAAAUCGCUUGAGAGUCUUGCUGUUUUCCAUGAAAGGACACUUCAUUUCCUUUUUUCUUUUGAUUGAUUAAAUCAACAUUGCUAAUUCGGUGUGUGUGUGUGCUUUUCAUCUGCUUUUAUUUUGAUAUAAAAUGAUUUACAUUCCAUUAAAGAAAAAAAAAGAUUGUUCUGUCUUUUUUAUUGUUUGUUUGAUAUGAUGAAUUCGAUUUUAAUCGGUUACAGGAUUUCAUCAUGAUUAGCGCUGACGUUGGUUAGAGAAGUAUUGUAAAAACCACCACGGAGUACUGGACA